UAUCUCUCUCUCUCUGAUCAAGCCGGAAAAGUCACAGGAAAAAGUGAUCAGUUUUAUUUUCUCGGGAAAAUUAGUGAAGAAAAGGGAAAGGCAAGUUUUUUGAGUGGAGAGAGAGAGAGAUGGGAGAAAUGGGGAAGGCGAUGGGAUUGCUGAUUAGCGGGACGCUUGUGUAUUACCACUGUGCAUAUCGUAACGCAACUCUUCUCUCUCUCUUCUCCGAUGUUUUCAUUGUUCUCUUAUGCUCUCUCGCCAUUCUCGGUCUCCUUUUUCGCCAACUCAAUGUCUCGGUACCAGUGGAUCCACUAGAGUGGCAAAUAUCACAGGACACAGCAAGUAGCAUCAUUGCGCGCUUAGCUAAUACCGUUGGAGCAGCAGAGGGUGUUCUGAGGGUUGCAGCAACUGGACAUGACAAGAGACUUUUUGUCAAGGUCGUAAUCUGCCUUUACUUCUUAUCAGCUCUCGGGCGACUCAUAUCAGGUGUAACUGUUGCUUAUGCAGGACUAUGCUUGUUCUGUCUCUCCAUGCUCUGUCAGACUUCUCAAUCUCUUGGAAACUGUGUACUAAAGCGAGGAAAUGGCGAGAUUUUAGAACAAGAAGCACAUUCUGAUACAUAAUAUGUCUAGCUUUUGUUUAUACUUUUUCGUCUUUUCUCAUGCUCACAUGUUGAUAGCUUUAGAGUAGUUUCCCCUUAUGUACACUGGAUUUGUAUACUACCUUGUGAAAAAUGUAAUGAUAUUGUUUCACCUCCACACCAUGUACUUGCAGAUCCUAAAUCUAUAACUGUAUUCUCUUUUUACGUUAA